GCUUCCGGGCGGGGGAGCCGGGAUGUGCGUCCGGGUUGGGUCGGCCCCAGCGAGCGGUUUCCUCUCGCCUUCCCUCCGUCUGCUCUUCCCUGCGUCCCUGCAGUGCCGUGCUGUCGGAGAGAGCGCCGCCCGCCCGCUCCGUGAGGGGUUGAAUCAGUAGUUUCCUGAAUAAACCAGAGAGUCACCUGAGACGCAAAGAUGUUGGAAGAAGAUAUGGAGGUUGCCAUCAAGGUGGUAGUAGUAGGAAAUGGAGCUGUUGGGAAGUCCAGUAUGAUUCAGCGAUAUUGCAAGGGGAUUUUUACAAAAGACUACAAGAAAACUAUUGGUGUAGAUUUCCUGGAAAGACAGAUCCAAGUUAAUGGUGAAGAUGUCAGGCUAAUGUUAUGGGACACUGCAGGUCAAGAGGAAUUUGAUGCAAUAACGAAGGCCUACUACAGAGGAGCCCAGGCUUGUGUUCUUGUGUUUUCUACAACUGACAAAGAGUCCUUCAAAGCAAUCCCUACUUGGAAGGAAAAAGUUGUGACUGAAGUUGGAGACAUUCCCACAGUUCUUGUGCAGAAUAAGAUUGAUCUUCUUGAUGACUCUUGCAUAAAGAAUGAGGAGGCAGAAGCACUGGCAAAAAAGCUGAAAGUGAGGUUCUACCGAGCRUCUGUGAAGGAAGAUCUGAACGUGACCGAAGUUUUUAAGUAUUUGGCUGAUAAAUAUCUUCAGAAGCUCAAGCAACAAACAKCUGAAGAAUCAGAACUACUACAUACAAGCAGUAACAAGAUUGGUGUUUUUAAUACAGCUGGUGGAAGUCACUCCAGCCAAAAUUCUAGCACUCUUAAUGGUGGAGAUGUCAUCAACCUUAAACCCAACAAACAGAGGACCAAGAAAAACAGAAGUCCUUUUAGCAACUGCAGUAUACCUUAGACCACUUUUGGAGGAAAUAAAGCAACUCAGAGAUUUGGAUGAAGUUGUGCAAUUGAAUACAGAAUAAAGCCAGCUGUAGAGGUAUUUUUACCGGUGCUUAAGCAAAUCUUGUGCCUCUUUGACAGAGGGUGGAUCUAGAUGAACUUGCUGAUGCCGUGGGUUUGUUGUGUGGCGUGAGACACCUGGUGGCGACACACAGAACCGUGGCUGCCGCGUGCACUUUGUACAAAUUAGGCGAGCUUUUYCUUUCUCAAGGAAUUACUUACAGAGCUAUGAACUAGGUAUUGCUGAAUUGCAAAGCACAUUUAAUGUAAGGAUAAUACUUACACRUAUAGGUACGGACUGUAACUCUAUGGCCCAAGGUAAUGUAGCAACCUUGCAAAUAAAUUUCAAAGGAAAUACUAGAAUUGGUUAGUCAGGACACUACCUGACACACAAAUGAAGAGCAAAAAGACACUACUUCAUUUWAUGCCUGACCAUAUUAAUAUGGAUUCUGGCAGUCCUGUGGGUGCAAGAUCUUUGCAUUAUGUAUAUGUGUGCUAAGGUAUAUAUGUGAACAUUUGGGAUGAAUAUUUAGUCUGGGUUCCAGUGUAUAUGUUACUUGGAGAUCAGCUAAUGAUCAUCAAAUAGCAUCUUCCAACUGUCCUUUAAAAACGUUACAUUGAGGCUUUCCAAGCUGCCACUGUGUAUAUUUAACUUGCUAUACUUCKGGCCUAAAAGCUUAGAUUUAAAAAUGUAUGGUGCCAAAAAUGCUCGUUUUUACCUAAUGCUAUGCUACAGAUGUUUUGUAAGCUUGUUUUUCUCAGUUUUAACAGGUUGAACAGUAAAACUAAUAGCUAUUCAGAAGGAACAUAUUAUCAUAUUCCUGUUCAAAUUUGAUUGUUGUAUCCUGUGUUGUCUAUGAAAAAGGAACUUGCAAAGUGUUGUUACAAAGUAUUUAUCUUAUUGAAAUUUUUUUAUAAAUAMCAUAAACUAAGUUACGGGAUCCAAAAAAUUGCAGCUGAUUACAUGAGUGAGACGUUCUUGAAUGUUGUCUCAGAUUCAAAGUUAGCUGCUGGUUAAGGAAAUCUUAAUUCCGCAAGAUCAGAGACAUGGGGCAAAAAAUUUUCAAAGAAGUGCUUCAGUAAUUUUACAGAAUUGAUAUAGAUGUUUAGGAGCCCAAAUCUAACUUCAAAGUUUUUCGGGCUAAGGCUCCUAAAUCACUAAGGUGCUUUAAAAAAUGCUAAGCAAGAUACCUUUUAUUUAGCAUAAAUAAACACUUUCUAAUCCUCUUCAAGAACAUGCAUGCCUUUUAAAAACUACCCAUUUUGUUUACAUGUUUUUGUAUGGUAUAAUUUUAACUUUCGAAGAUUUCUACAAGUCUGCCAGUGACAAAUGCAAAAUAUGCUGCAUUAAAAAAAAUCAGAGUUUUAAUAGUUUUUUAAAUGGCGUAUUAGAAUGAAAAUGAGUGAUCUUGUGUGUUUUUGAAGAAAGAACUUUUCACUAUGUGAAUUCGUGUAGGAAGCUUGACUGACUUUGUUUCUAAGUCAAUGAAUAUGAAAACUGACAUGUAUUCUUUAUUCCCACUGUCUGCAGGGAGAGAAGUGGGUGGCAAGUUAUGCACAACACUAAAGAUCUCUGAACUCUGUAUUUUAUGUUUACUGUAUUAGACUUUUUACCAAGUACCAUUGUUUCUUUGACAAGCUGUUAGAUCUCCUGUUGCUAGCAAGAAGUUGGCCUUCAGGGCACUCMAUCCCUUUUGCUGUUACAGCAAAACCGUAGUUCUUCACCAUGAUGUUUCAUGUAUUUUCUCUUGGAUAAAGGCCCCUAUUUUUUAACAAGUGCAUUUAAUCACUGUAUGUAUAAAUGGAGUAAAGUCCUAUCUGUCUUAGCAGUUUAAGAAGUAAGGUACUUGGGAUAAGAUGAACAUUAUGGUGUCACCUCACAACUUAAGARUGUAUGCAUAAAUAAUUUUGAAAACUGGUUUUAUUAUGGAAACUUUUACAUUUCAUUGUCUGUCUGAAAGUUUCACGGGUUUUUAUUCAUUUUUCUUGAAAAAGAAACAAAACCACAAAGUGUCUGAAACAUCUUUUUUUUGCCUUGACUUUGUACAGCAUACUGAAAAGUCUUUAUUAUGUAUAAUGGCAGUUUGUACUUACAUGUUAUACUGUAACACUGCACUAUUUAUUAACAUAGACCAUUURUACUUAAGGUUUGUCACUAUAGACCAGUGUUUUUAAGGACUCGGCAGAAAUUUUCAUAGGUGGAGACUUGAUAAAUUUAAAAUAUGUUGAAAUGUAGUGCAUAUACUUUAAUGUAGGAAUAGUUAUUUUCAGCAUUGGGUAACAGUGAGUUUUCAUUUUACUCCCAUCCUAAAUCUAAAGUGGAUCUUUUUUUGUUGUGACCUUGCAGUGCUUGUUCUCCAAUAUGACUGAAUUGAAACUGCCCAAAUUAGCUUUUUCUGCGAAGUGCCCUGCACAUAUGCUGCUUGAAAAUUUUAGCUCUUUAUCUUACUGGGGUUAGUGUGUAGAUGUAAACCAGAUGACUUGCAUAUUGCAGGAACCCUUAGAUAUUCACAUCACUCUUCAGUGGCACUAACUUUGGAAGAAGAGACAUGCCUAAAUGUUUUAGCAUUUGUGUUGUCCUUCAUGAAUAAUUUUUAUUGCAAACAUUACUUCAUUCUCCACUCAAAAUGUUCUCAUUAGAAUAUGUUUUAGUUAGCAAAACCUACAAGUAAUAAAAAUGCCCUUCUUUGUGCAUCCCUGUGACUGCAUGGUGGGUGACAAUAUAGCUCYGUUAUGCCUGUGGUACCCUGGAUUAGGAGCAAGAGAUGCCCAUGCCAGAAGACACAAACUUCAUUGCACUCCUGUAUAUUCUCUUUGUAUCUCCUGAAAAGCUCAUUGGCUGCAUUAUCUGAAUCUUGCCAAUAUUCUUUGYCUUUGGCUGAUAAAGCUACCACUAGCAGGAAAUGUCAGUAAUUGCCUWAGUGAAAUAAGGAUUCACUAAAGAGUAUGACACUACAGCUUUGUCACUUCUGUGUUGUAUCCAUUCAGUGAAUGGGUGUUCUCCCAGUACGCMGGGCAUCGUUAGAUGCAAAGCAGUAAUGCUAGGGAUGUAUUUCCAACUGGAAAUAGAAAAUCUCAAAGUUGUACGACUGAUCACACUAAUUUUUGUGCUUGUGUGUGUGUGUGUUUAAUUUAAAAAAAAAAUUAAAUACUCAAGACAAUUUUGAAGCUUUCUUAUUUUCAGUGUGUCUUAAGGCAACACUUUUGUAGUCMAAAUGACCACACUGUCAGUCUGAUUUCCUGUUCAAUUUUUUUAUGCUUCAGUAAUUUUUUUUUCUUCAUUAUUGGGCUGCAGCACACCUGACUUGAAGUUUUCCUUCACAUUACUUGAGUAGGGRUGGGUUAAUCUAAAGAGCAUUCAGCAGCUGAACACGCAGCACUGUGGGGGGGUUGYGCAGGGAACAUGCACAAGACUCAGCAAACCUGCACUGGAGUCUGUUCACGCUCCCCCCUAGGCUGAGAGCUGCCAGGUGUUAACAGGAUUAAUGAUCUGCCCUUCUCUGCAGUUCCAUCACAUAGCAAGCCAAAGCCAACACACAUGCUGCUCUGAUUCCAGUGAUGGUACCUGAGCCCCUUCUGCUUUUCUAAGUGUAGUCAUACACCUUUGGUUGAAGUUGCAGUACCUGAACACUAAUUGUACACACAAYUGGAGAGCAAGGAUGGUCCAGUAAGCUUGAAUUCAUCAAAAUGACCUUGCAUCUUUUUGUAGGAAGCAAAAGUUGUGCAGAUAUUCUUUAUAAUGCACAACUAGUAUUGAGAGAAUAAUUGUGUUAAAAAUGGCAUCCAGACAGGUAAUCAAAAUUAUAGGAUGAAAAAAUUCUAUAGCAGCAGCAAUSCUGAGAUUUAAGAUGAAAGGUGCURUAAUGGAAUAUGAGAAACUUGSUAAUGUUCCCAUUGAAAUGUUCUAWAUGAGUCAUCUCAAAGCCAGGUGAGUCCUAGGACUGAACUAGACUCAUUCUCAGGUUUCUAGUAGUAGGGUARUACUGAUAAAUMAUUUGUAGUUCUGCUGAACUCAUUAAAGUUGAUUUAAAAAAAAGUUUAAUAUUACUCUGUUCCAGGAGAAACACUUCUCAUUGCAAGGAUUAAGAUGUAUUGUUACUAAUGGCUUAAAUGUAAGUGGCUAAAAGAGAUGUACAUAACUGGGUUUAUCACCACCAUGACCUCAAGUAAAUGUAACAGAUUUUUAGAAAAAAGAGUCAACUUACCAUAAAUCCUCUAGCAGAAAAAUAAUUGUUUAAAACUGAGCAUCUUGUGCUAUKCUGUUCUGUAAAAUCCCUACAAGUUAAUUCUGCUGUUUUCUUGUGACACUAGUUGCAUCAUGCAACUUAAAACAUGAUUGUUUGCUUACUAUUGGGUCUUUUGUGGUUAUAUUAAAUUGUCAGUAUAUUAAAUUUCAAAAAUUGCUAUAACUACAAGCUGUGCAACSUCAAUCUGAGAAACAUGUGCUUGGUUCUUGUGUAUAUGUUGCCAAGAGCUGGGAUCCAAGGCAGCACAUGUGAGAUCGUCAAAGGAACAAGCUGGGAGCACCCCAGUCUAAUAGAAAUGGUGUUUCUGAGCUCUUGCCUCUCAUUUCUUCACCAUGUGGUUGAAAUACAAAGUAGGGAUUCUUUUGUGCUCUUUCUGGUAAUUUUGCUUUUUAUGAUUGGUCUGGCCAAUACAGUGACAAAGUUUAAGUCAAUGCUUAUAGACAUUGGAAGUGGCAUUAAAGUAUUAUUAAUAUAUCUAAGAUGCCUGUUGCAUUUUCUGAAAAAAAAACCCCAAGUAAAUAGUCACUGGUGACUGUUGGUUGAGGGUUUUGCAUUGUUUUGGUAUUUUUGUUUUAGUAAAAACAGGUUGGCAUCUGUGUCUGCCUCUUUACCCAAGUGUCUGAAGAAUAUCAGAAGUAACAUAUUCCYGCUUCCUCUUGCAUGUCGUUUUGGACACAGAAAAAACAUUUGCUUGCUUAACAUGCCAGUAAGGAUUAAUUAGCAAUAUUUUAGGCUCAUUACAGGUGUUGGACUAGAUGACGUUUAUAGGUCCCUUCUAAACCAGUGAUUCUGUGAUAGCACAAGUGCUAUAAAAAUAAAAUCCCCUUUAGGUAUCAGAAAUUAAGAGAAUCUAAGAAAGAAAACAAAAAACCUUAAACUUUUUGCCUGAAUAAGCUUAUAAUGGCCUUAAAACCCCGAAUACUGAAGGAGUAUUCUAAGGAACAAGAAGCUGUGUUUAACUUAAGCUGUUGCCCAGCAUGAUUUUUAAAAACAACCCAAGCCAGGUAUUACUGUAAAGGGUUUUAAUACUACUGAAUAGCUGGAAGAUCUUUUAAAACAGAAUAAUAGAAUUAAUGUCACCAACUCUUACAAACUUUGACUGCUUUUGAAGCACCCACCUGAAGUGCCAUUUCUUCAAAUAAAAUGCAGUUCCAGUGACAUCGCAGCUGAGGUUUCCGAGAAGCRCCACUCUGAGUUUCCCUGUGGAGCACCUGAGCUCAUCCAAGGCAUUUAAAACGAUGGGGCUCCGAGUGUUGGUUGUGCAGGAGCCUGGUGCAGCGUUCUCACCAUGGGCUGGUGCCCUCUGAUCAUCCAGGUGUGAUGCUGCAGCUGUAAUACCCUGGGCAUUGCCACCAAGGCAUCACUCAGACCCUUCCCACUCCCUUCAGCUUAGCUUUAACCUGAGCCAAGUUCAGAAGGCUGAUGGCUGAGCCACGGAGCCCCCUGCUAUCCUCAGAGCUUGGCUGAAAUACURUUAACUCUGGCCAGGCUACAGGGGGUUGCAAAAUUCCAGGUACACCCUAGAAUCUGCAACUUUUGAGCCACAGCAACAGAGGUUGGUGAUGAUACGCAGCAGUUGCUCUGAGUGAGAGGAUAGAAGAUAAACCAAAAGCCAUUCACACAAGGAGGUGAGAAAUGCUGGAUGUACCAUGCCAUCCUACACAAGACAUCAAAACAGUGUCAGGUCAAAGAAGUCAAAGUUUUGCUCUGUGGCUUCAUAAAAGGUGCAAAAGUGGACUAGUAGCUGAUAAGAUACAAGUCCCCUUUCUACURUCUUUUAAAAGAAACACACAGCAACCUCAAAGCUAUAAUGACCUGGUGGGAACAGCAUGGUUCACCAGGCACAGAAGGGGCAUUGCAAGAGUUGGCUCAUUUCUAUCAUGGGUUGCGAUCUCUGGUUACGUAUGUGUUGCUUUUCACUUCCUCAGUUACAAACGGSAGGUAGCUGUCCCUAGAAAAGUGUUGUGAUCAGUUUAUUCAAAAUACUCAAAAAAUGCAAAAUUAUAAUUGGUAAUGAGUAAAACGCUGUUGUGUUAUUUAUGAAAAUACCAUAAACAGUUUAUUAAUGGUUUUGGUUUAUUGCCAUGAUUUGUCUUUUGUCCCCAGAAGUCUGGUUCACAUACUAUGCAUACAGCAGAGAAAAGCUGAAAUCUCAUGAYAGGACAAAACAACUUUAGUUUAAAAAAAACCCAGGAGAAUGUAGGAAAGGCUAGAUUUUCAGUUUCUGUCUGUUCAGCAGAAGCACAAUUACAAUUUGCAAUAGAGCAGUAUUGACU